AGGAUGAUAUGUUUAGUGGAGACAACACCAUAGACAUGCUUAUUGAAGACCAACUGAUAAAACAUGAAAUUGAGCAUCUCAGUACCACAGAAGGUCCAUUUCCAGCUAGUAAGCCAUCAAACUUAAAUUAUCUUAAAACCAGAUCACCAACAGAGCUGUAUGAUGUAUCUACUACAGGAAUAGCUUCAACAUUAUCUUCUUCAAGCAAGAGUUUGGAAGCCACUUUCACAACACUGGAAUUAACAGACCAAGCCACCGAAGUUCAGUACACAACAACAGACCAGGUUACUACUCACCAAAUUCCAACAACUAUGGAGGCUACAACAAUUUCACUGACUACAGAAAGUACUAACAAUCCAACAGAACUCAUAAAACCUUUUCAGGCAUCAACACUUGAUAUUGUCACAGUGGCACCAGUGAGAUCAGAACCCAUAAAACCUAUCCAGGCAUCAACACCUGAUAUGGGCACAGUGGCACCAGUGAGAUCAGAACCCAUUUUGACAACAUCCAAAUCAAGGAAAACUACUAUUACAAAGCAGAACACUGUUGAUGACAAAGAAGAUGAAGAUGAUCUUGGAAAAGUUAUUGGACGAUGCAAAGACACUUUAUCCACAAUUUCUGGGCCUACAACUCAAAACACCUAUGGACGUAAUGAAGGAGCCUGGAUGAAAGAUCCUCUGGCAAAAGAUGAGAAAAUUUAUAUAACAAAUUACUAUUAUGGAAACACCUUAGUGGAAUUUCGGAAUCUGGACAACUUUAAACAAGGUCGUUGGAGCAACUCCUACAAGCUUCCUUACAGCUGGAUUGGCACUGGUCAUGUUGUGUAUAAUGGAUCUUUCUAUUAUAACAGGGCUUUUACUCGUAAUAUCAUAAAGUAUGAUUUAAAGCAACGUUAUGUGGCAGCCUGGGCCAUGCUUCAUGAUGUAGUUUAUGAGGAGGCUACCCCCUGGAGGUGGCGAGGUCACUCUGACGUAGAUUUUGCUAUCGAUGAGAAUGGAUUGUGGGUUAUCUACCCAGCCAUUGAUGAUGAAGGUUUCCAACAGGAAGUUAUUGUUCUCAGCAAAUUAAAUGCUGUGGACCUCACCACUCGAAAAGAAACAACAUGGAGGACUGGGCUAAGAAAAGACUUCUAUGGCAACUGUUUUGUUAUCUGUGGGGUGUUGUAUGCAGUGGACAACUACAACAAGAAAACUGCCAAUAUAUCGUAUGCUUUCGACACACACACAAACACCCAGAUUUCUCCAAGACUCCUCUUUGAAAAUGAAUAUGCUUAUACCACCCAAAUAGAUUACAAUCCAAAAGAUCGGCUGUUAUAUGCCUGGGAUAAUGGACAUCAAGUCACUUAUAAUGUGAUAUUUGCGUACUAAAAGCACCUUACAGCUUUGCCAUUGAAAAGAAUGGGCAUUUCAGAAUUGUU